AUGAACGGAGCUGAGGAGCAGCACCCGGAGGAGGGGCCUGAGACCCCGGAUCUGCAAACAAUGCCACCAGGAGAUGGUGAAGAGACAGUUUUCCAGAGCUCAAGCCAAGGAAGAACCUACAAGAGACGGCGCAAGUUGCAAACCCCCAAGAGAAUCCCAGCAGAGAAGGAGCCGGACAGUCCAAGGGAGAGCGAAAAGGGCUCCAGGAAGCACGCGGUGUCCUCUUCAAAGGUGGGAGCCAAGGCCCGUGGGAAAGUGCCCAGCUGCUCGGCCUGUGAGCAGAGCUUGAAGGGGAAGAUCUUCUUCCAAAGCCUGAGCAGGUUUCAUGGUCAGAAGAAGUCGCAUGAAUGUUGGGAAUGUGGGAAAACCUUCCUGCGGAAGAAGGAUCUGGCCAGACAUCAGGGAGUCCAUACCGGAGACAGAUUCUACAGCUGCCUGGACUGCAGGAGAAGCUUCAGCCAAAUGGCAGGGCUUACGAGACACCAGAAGACGCACUCGGGGGAUCGGCCCUUUCCCUGCAUGGACUGCGGGAAAAGCUUCUGCCUGAGACAAGAGCUUAUGAGCCACCAGAGAACCCACACAGGAGAGAGACCCUUCCUGUGCUCCCAGUGCGAGAAGGGAUUUAGCCAGCUGGCGCAUCUCGCCGCCCACCAGAGAACCCAUGCGGCGGAGAGGCCCUACCCCUGCGGCACCUGUGAGAAACGCUUCAAGCAGAAAGUGCACACGGGCGCCAGACCCCACACCUGCAAGGAGUGUGGGAAAGGCUUCCGCAAGAGGCAGGAUCUUCUGCGACACGGGAGGAUCCACACGGGAGAAAGCCCCUUUGCCUGCAGCCACUGUGAGAAGAGCUUCCGGCAGAAGAAGAAUUUGAACAGACAUCGGAGCAUCCACACGGGCGAGAGGCCCCACCUCUGUCUCGAAUGUGGGAAAAGCUUCCGGCUCAAGCACGCGCUGGUGCGACACCAG